CUUUUUGCUCACUGAGUAGAUCGAAGAGGCGGGGCACAGCGACUUGAGUCACCUCCCACUGCUGUCCUUUGGCCAUGUUCAAACGCCUUUGGCCAUCGUCCUCAAAGUUCCCCCGGAGUCUCUACAGAAUUUCCAGCCACCCCUGUCACGGUUUGAAAUAUGACGACCGAGACGAAAACCCUUGCAGGACAUCCCUUCGAUCGUGGACUGUUCGAGUCACUGGUCAAACGUCGCUUGUUCUUCACGGAGGCUUUUGAAAUCUAUCGCACGUCCGGCGCUCUUGGUGGUGAUGGCAGAGGCCUAUUUGACUAUGGCCCUCCCGGAUGUGCAUUGCAGUCCAACAUCGUUGAUGCGUGGCGACGACACUUUGUGCUCGAGGAAAAUAUGCUGGAGCUUGAUUGCACUAUCAUGACUCCGGAGGCAGUGUUCAAGACCAGUGGGCAUGUGGAUAAGUUUGAGGAUUGGAUGUGCAAGGACUCCAAGUCUGGCGACUUCCUGCGUGCUGAUCAUUUGAUUGAGAAUGUUUUGGAAGCUAGACUCAAGGGAGACAGGAUUGCCAGAGGCCUAGGCAUUAGCUCGGAUGACAGCAGCAAACCAGUGGAUGCGAAGAAACAAAAACGAAAAGUGAAAGACAUCCAAGCGGUCAAACUGCCCGACCAAGAAGUCGCGGAGUACGAAGAAAUACUUGCAAAGAUUGACAAUUACAAUGGCACAGAACUCGGUGAAUUGAUCUCCAGACUCGAUAUCCGUAACCCAGACGGCAAUAACCCGGUUUCUCCACCGACCCCAUUCAACCUGAUGUUCAAGACCACACUGGGUCCUAGCAGCGCAUCCCCGGCCUACUUGCGGCCGGAAACUGCGCAAGGACAAUUCCUGAACUUCAAAAAGCUUUCGGAUUACAACCAAAACUUGAUGCCGUUUGCUUCCGCAUCAAUCGGUAAAUCUUUUCGCAACGAGAUCUCUCCUCGCUCCGGUCUUCUGCGCGUUAGAGAGUUUUUGAUGGCGGAAAUCGAACAUUUCGUGGACCCCGAGGGCGGCAAAAAACACCCCAGAUUUCACGAGGUUCAACAUAUUUCACUUUCCCUUUUGAACCGUUCCGUGCAGCUUUCUGGCAGUUCCGACCUUCAAGCUAUGACAAUCGGGGAUGCCGUUGCCGAAGGAAUCAUUGACAAUGAGACCCUGGGCUAUUUUCUUGCCAGAAUCUAUCUCUUUUUACUUCGCAUCGGUGUUGACAAAACGAAGCUACGAUUUCGCCAGCAUAUGGCCAAUGAGAUGGCUCAUUAUGCCGCCGACUGUUGGGAUGCCGAAUUACUGACCUCUUACGGGUGGAUUGAAUGUGUUGGCUGCGCCGAUCGCAGUGCAUAUGACUUGACCGUUCAUUCACGAAGGACGGGCGAGCCGCUGGUUGUCAGAGAGCCACGAGCAGAGCCGCUGAGGGUAGAGGAGUGGCAGAUGGAUAUCAACAGGGCAAAAUUUGGUCCAACAUUCCGCAAGGAUGCGAAAGCUGUCGAAGCUGCCCUCAACUCUCUUAGUCAAUCCGAACGCGAGAACCUCUCUGGCAGCUUGGAUCAGCAAGGUUUCAUUACACUUCAAGUUCCUGGCAUGGUCGACGGCUCGGUCAAAGUGCCCCGGGACCUUAUAACCCUUGAAAAGCGAACCAGGGUAGAGAAUACCCGCGAAUAUACGCCUAAUGUCAUUGAACCUUCCUUUGGUAUUGGGCGGAUUCUCUACAGCCUGUUGGAGCAUGUGUAUUGGCAUCGACCAGAUGAUGUUGCCCGGGGGGUCUUGUCGCUGCCCCUUUCCGUCGCAGCGACCAAGCUGUUAAUUGUACCUUUGUCAAACCAGCCACGUUUCAUUCCAGUGAUACAAACGGUUUCGCAGCGUCUUCGAGAACUCGGAAUUUCUUGCCGUGUCGAUAACAGCAGCGCAAGCAUUGGAAAGCGAUACUCUCGUAAUGAUGAGCUGGGUAUUCCACUUGGCAUUACCAUCGAUUUCGAUACUCUGAAAGACGAUACAAUCACAUUGCGAGAGAGAGACAGCACUAAGCAAGUCCGAGCGUCACAGUCAGAUAUAGUGGAUGCCAUUAAGAGCCUUGUGGAUGGUAAGGAAAGUUGGGGCAAUGUGUUCAACAGACUCCCGGAGUUUGUUGGCCAAAGUGGUGAUCUGUGAUAUGAAAUACUUACUGAGCAAGGCCCUGAGUACCCUUACUAAAGCGGCGGCACCCAGAAGAGGAAAUCCUGAUUUGUGCUAGAUGUUCUGAUACGUAUAGGUACGGACAUAUCGGAAUUUCUAGCCAUAGCCACAGCUGUCUCUUUCUGUUUUAGUGCUCACCACUCACUGCUUUUUAUCUAGUAAGUAGACCUGAGGAUGACCUGAGCAGCCUAAAGUAAUUACCAAGUAUAGGAUAGGCGGAAGAAAACUAUAUCUUGUCUCUCUCUU